UUCUUCGCCCGACCAAAAGAGUGUGUUCUUUAGAAAUGAGGAUCAGGAAACUUGCAAAGCUUCGUGGGUUAACUCUGGGCAACAACAAUGCCACUUUCUCACAGAUGAAUUCUCUCUCUUCUUCAUCUUCUUGUUCUUCUCCAACUGCAUUUCGUCUUCAAUCUCACAUCUGUCGCCUCAAUCAAUCUCCAUGGGACGUUGUUCAAUUCCCUUCCAAAGAAGAAGAAGAAAAAGAAGAAGAAGAAUCCCCUCCCUCUCCAUUAUUACAGGUGGACGUUAUAAGAAACGCUGUUUCUAACUUCAUUUCAUCUAGCGGAGCUGUUGACAGAUUUGAUGAUGAGAAGAAAACUAGCAAUGAAUUGGAUAAAGGAAAUGAAACUCGCCGGUCGGAAAAGAAGAGGGGCCGGAAGCCAAUAAUGAAAGCUAGGUCACUUAAACCCUUAUGUGAUAACUGAAGUCAAUCAUUCUCUCUCUUCUAUGUUGUUUAUUUCGAGUUGGAGAGAGAGAGAGAGAGUUAG